GUUUGUGUACAUUCACGUCGUGAUGAAUAUUUGAGUAGGUGUAGUUUAAAUCAAAUAUUUAAGAAAGGGAAUGUGGCUUAUUUGACACGUGAAAGAGAGUCUUUAUGAUGGCUAUCCCUCUCAUUAAUGCAAGACCGCGCAUUACUUCUCUGUGAAAAGCUUCAUUUCCUACCAGAUUGACGUACAAGCUUUAAUCGUCUUCAUUUCCUUAACAAAGACUUCAGGAAAGAGCGGCUUGAUAUCACAGAUGCAUUUCAGCUUUCCUCAAACACAGAUCUUUUAAAAACCAAACAAGGGAAAAGCGUGGAUCGAAAAUCAAAAACACAAUUUACAAGCUUAGUUCUCUAGAGGACGGCGAAGAGGCCGCAGUCGAUAAACCCUGCGAGACACUGACGUAGCGACAUGGCCACCGAUCGAAACACACGGGGUAAAAAUGCAUUGGAGUUUGGGAAAGCCACUAUGUACGUUAUUUCUGAGCGUGGUCUACAAACAGAAUCUUCUAUGCACAAUAAAGCCGCCGAGAACCGAAUAUUUUUGGACAAGGCUGUUUUCUCUGGGAAGAAGGUGAACUUUUCGCACACCAGAUCAGUCGAUUUUAAUUGGAAAGAAGUUACUAAGUCUUCCAAGCAAGACAAAAAGCUACGAAUUUUGGAUUUGAAUGAACUUGUCGUCAACGAUAAGAUGAAAACGCUUGUUAGUCCUGAGAAAACUCGAUAUUCCGCAGGUGCUAAAAGCUUUGGGAAGAAUCUAAAUCGACCGAACUUGUGUUGUUAUGCGUCAGAAGUUAAUAUGGCAAAACAGUACAAACACGGAGCUGAAAAUAUAUUCAUCACUCGCCUGAGCAAAAUAUGUGACGAUUCUAUGGAUAAUUUUGAGAAAAGCACUGCGGAAGAAAAACCUGAGCGUCAGAAAAGAAGCAAAGCCCAGAACAGGAAAGAUAAUGAAAUUUUUGAGAAAAGUUGCCUUCUACGUAGCCAUGAUGUGGAUUCACUGAAAAGCGAACAGACAUUUGAAACCUUUGAGGAUAUUAAGACUACAGGUACCUCUGAACAGGAAAAUGAUUCUGAAAGCGCUAGCACAUUUUACAAAGAUUGCACUUUCCAAGUUGAAAAGCUCGAAAAACGUGGCAAAUGCUAUUUAAAAAGAAUAUUUUAUUCCAAGGGACACCCUCAUUAUUCCAAACCGAGCAAUAUCAGCUGUUUACCACAAAUAGAGCGGAAGUUGGAAAAAUGUGAACCUGCGAAACAUUCACAUAAAGUUGGCAGGAAUAGCAGCUCGAGCAGAGAAACGAUUGAGGAAAAUAACAUUCACAGGCCUAGAAAUGAUAAACUCCUUCCUUUGAAUAUCAACGUUCUCAAAACCAGCGAGACACAAAAGCAUAAUUUAAAGUCCAUUGUUAAGCUUCCGACAGUUGUAGACAACAGAACUGGACAGGUUCACCUGUCUUUACAAGCAAUUGCUUUCGAGCAGAGCGACUAUAAUAAAUGGUCGCGGAGACGACAGCAAACAAAACUUGAAAACGCGAAAGCGACAUCUUUUUCUUUCCCUUUGAUUGCAAAAAGUAGUCGUUAAAGUGAACACUUUGUCAGUCCCAAGCGAGGUAAAUUGACAGUUAAUAUACUUUCUUUAAGAUAGCUAAACAAUCUAUAGGAAAAUAUAAAGAACAACUUUGUUUCUAAUUUGCAUGGCUCAAAGAUCUAAUUAUGGCCAA